ACCACAAUCGAGUUUCAUUCAUGGCACACAACGUCAGUUCACAUUCAACCGUCGUCUCCGUCGUGUGUAACAACAGUUUUGUUUUGUAAGACUGUGUUGUGUGUCAAAUCAAAUGGCUGGGUACUGUGUGUAAAUUAAGCCGCCUGCCACACACAGAGCUCUCGUUGUAGCGCAACCAACCAAGAAAGCAAAGAAAAAAUAAAAACAACAAAGUAACGCGAGUGCAAGUGCAGUUAAUGUUGAGUUCUUUUUUUUUGUAUUUAAUUAAUAACUAAAUUAAAUGAAUUAAAAAUAAAUAAACAACAAGAGGAAGAAAGAAAAAAAAAAAAACAAACAAAAACUGAAAACAAACAAUUUGUGAAGAAAAUUAAAUUUCAAAAGAAAAUUGUGAAAAAGAAAAAUUCGUGUUUGUGGAGAAAGAAAUAUAAAGAAGAAAAACAAAACGGAUUGUUAUGAAAAAAAUAAUAAUUUUUUGAAAAAGAAAAACUGGGUGAUUUUUUGGAAAAAUUUGUGUUUAAAAAAAAACUGAAAAAGUCAAAACAAUUGAAAAUAAAAAAAAAAUAAAACAUUUACGCAGUGGAAAAUCAUAAACAAAAGAAAUUCAAAGCAUCUACUCCCUAUUCUAUCCCACUAAAUGACCUCCCAUAAAAUGCCCCCUGGCAAAUUGGGAAUAGAAAACUGAGAUAUAUAACCCCACCCAAUAAAAGGAUGGAUUUUACAAAAGAUAUUUUAGAUUUUACCCUAAAAGUAGAACGUGGCGAAAUGGAUCUCGGUGAGAGUACGAAACCCAUGAUGCCAGAGGCAAAUGAUUUCAAUAUGUUCAGUGAGCCGUCUAACUGUCCAGAACAACAGCAAGUAGAAGAACAACAAGCGCAGGCUACACAAUCAGAGACAAAUGAUAAAACAAAUACAAAAACAACAACUACAAAUGAAACAGAAACCACAACAGCAACAACAACAAUGAAAACUCCUCCCGAAGUAAUGGCAAAACCCACAACACCCCAACUAAUUGAGAGUGUGGCCACACAGGAGAGCAGUGUUAAGCCAACCAUGAGUGGUGAUAUAUCACCCCCACCCAGACCCCUGACUUCCAGUGAGGUGGUGGGUUUCACAAAUGCAAUUGAGGAUCCUGAAAUGCAACUGGAUGCCACGGUGGCAUUGAACAAAUCACGAUCAUUGCCAGCCUCUCCCAACCACUUGGCCCCUACCCACUUAGGGGAGCUGUUUGGUUUUGCAGCCAUGAAGUCAUUGGAUGCUCCCACCACCAAAAUUCCCGAUACCCUUGAGGAGAGGCUGCUCACAAACCUAAUACCCAAAGUAUUGCCCAAGGCUGCAAGCAAAGCCUUGCCAGAACCUGGCCGCAACAAUCAACAAUUCUGCCUGCGCUGGAAUAACUAUCAAAGCAACCUGACCAAUGUCUUCGAUGAGCUGCUGCAAAAUGAAUCAUUUGUGGAUGUCACCCUGGCCUGUGAGGGCCACUCCAUAAAGGCCCAUAAAAUGAUUUUAUCCGCCUGUUCGCCAUAUUUCCAAGCCUUGUUCUAUGACAACCCCUGUCAACAUCCCAUUGUCAUUAUGCGUGAUGUGCGAUGGCAGGAGCUUAAGGCCUUGAUGGAGUUCAUGUACAAGGGUGAGAUAAAUGUUAGUCAGGAUCAAAUCAAUCCUCUACUAAAGGUGGCCGAAAUGUUGAAAAUUCGAGGUUUGGCCGAGGUUAGCAGUACGCAGGGAAUGGGUUCCCAGGUAUUGCCCGGACAUCGUCCCAUGUAUCAGGAGGAUGAAGAGGAGGAGGAGGAGCAGGACGACGAUGAGGGAAAUAAUAAUGAUGAUCAGGAUGCUUCGCCGAAUGCCAAGCGAAGAAAAAUCCAGGUGUCACAGAGAAUGGCCACAGCACCUGUGGAAGAAGUUAUGAAUAUGGCGGAGCAGAGAAUGCGUAAACGUUCUCGCGAUGGUUUUUUUGUGCAGGAUGGUAGGAUGACACCCAAGAGUCCGGGGAAUAAUAAUAAUAACAAUAAUACACGAAAUCUAGGGGAUUUAUCUGGGCCACAGCUAAAGGACAAGGAAAGUUGUGGGGUUUCACCACCCGUCAAUCCCGGCUCUAUAACCACUUCGACCAUUGUACGCAAUCCCUUUGCUUCCCCCAAUCCUUUGGGCACCACAACGCCCCUGGAUGAUACAACAGCCUUAAAUGCAUCUUCCUCCUCCACCUCCUCCUGCAGAGAGGGAGCGGGCUCAGCUUCUGGCUCCCACUUAAAUUCAGCUCAAACUGCGUCCCCCUCCAUUGCUGCUUCCUCCAACACAAAUCCCGUAGCCUUACAGUAUCGUCCAUCAGGCGAGCGUAGCUGUUCCCCGCCCCUGAUGACCCCCACACAUGUUGGCAGUAGAUCUGCCAGUGUUGGUGGUAACACCGCCACACCCUCCUCCUUGCCCUCGCCCUCAAGUAAUUCCUCGGGACCACCACCACCGCCGCCCAUUUCAAUACAUCCCCAUCCGGCAGCAGCUGCAGUGGCCGCUGCCGCCCUGGCAAAUCCUCAUCAUCCGCAUCACCAUGCCGCCGCAGCGGCUCAACAAUUGGCCGCCCAACAUCAGCAACUGCAGGCCGCUGCCCAUUCCCAUGCCAUGGCCAGUGCCUUGGGGGCCUCAUUGGCAGCGGCAGCAGCAGGAGCUUCCACAACAGCCAGUAAUCCCGCAGGAGCCAGUUCUUCACAUCACGAUGAUAUGGAAAUUAAACCGGAAAUAGCCGAAAUGAUAAGAGAAGAGGAGAGGGCAAAAAUGAUUGAAAGCGGACAUCCUUGGAUGGCUGGGGCCACAACGUCUUCGGUAACUGCAGAUAGCUAUCAAUAUCAAUUGCAAUCCAUGUGGCAAAAAUGUUGGAAUACUAAUCAGCAGAACCUGGUGCAACAAUUGAGAUUUCGUGAGCGCGGCCCAUUAAAAUCUUGGCGUCCGGAGGCCAUGGCCGAAGCCAUAUUCAGUGUACUGAAGGAGGGUUUAUCGCUGUCACAGGCUGCCCGGAAAUACGAUAUACCAUAUCCAACGUUUGUCCUGUACGCCAAUCGUGUCCACAAUAUGUUGGGCCCCUCGCUGGACGGUGGCACCGAUCCCCGACCGAAGGCCCGUGGCCGCCCGCAGCGUAUACUGUUGGGCAUGUGGCCGGAGGAGUUGAUACGUUCCGUUAUCAAAGCUGUGGUAUUUCGUGAUUAUCGUGAAAUCAAAGAGGAGAUGGGUGGUUUGCCGUUUGCCAACGGACAGGCUCAUGCGGCCGCCUUGUUCGGUGCCUCUCCAGGUGCAGGAUCAGCUGCCUCGGCUGCCAAUGGCUAUCACAGUGCUGCCAAAUUGGCAGCACAAUCUGCCGCUGCAAUGGGUGGCCAUCAAGACUCGCCGAGUCCGCUGUCAUCGAUGACGGAGAAUUUGCGACGCCAAAUAUUGUCACAACAACAACAAUCACCCAUUAAUCCAGCUAUGAAUAUCUACAAAGCUCCAGCCUAUGUACAGCGAUCCGAGAUUGAAGAUCCCAUGAUGGCGGCUGGUAAGCAACACUCAGCCAGUGGGGCUGGAGUUGCUGGCAGUGCGGCAGGUGUUGCUGGAGAUCGACGUGGUUCUGAGAAUUUACCCGAUUUAAGUGCUUUAGGUUUGAUGGGUCUGCCCGGCAUGAAUGUCAUACCCACAGCUGGGGGAACGGGUUCAGGUUCCAGUGGCCGCUCCAAUCAUAUGCAUUCGAAUGCGGCAGCUGCGGCCUUUAGCCGUGAUUUGGAAAGGGAGCGGGAACGGGAGCGUAAUCGUGAAAGAGAAAGGGAGCAUCGUGAACGAGAGAGGGAGCGGGAACGGGAGAGGGAAAGAGAACGUGAGCGUGAACGAGAAUUAAAGGAGGCCAUGCAGGCCCGCCAGUAUUGCAAUCAAUCACGAGGCUCUGCCUCGGGUGCUUCAUCCGCAGCCGAUAUGCAGAAAUCCGGUGGCAGCAUCUCACCUUAUACCCAUCAGCAUAUGAAAAAUAACAAGGACCAAAUGGCUGUAAACUAUGCCUAUAACAAACGCUUCCUGGAAAAUUUACCACCCGGUAUUGAUUUUGAGGCCAUUGCCAAUGGUUUGCUGCAAAAAUCCUCAGCAGCAGCAGCUGCAGCAGCGGCGGCGGCAGCCUCCUCAACGGCCGCAAAUAAAAGUCCGCGUUUUGAGGAUUUUUUCCCCGGACCCGAUAUGAGUGAGCUGAUAGCCAAUGCUGAGGCCUCAUCGGCCAGUGCACAAUUUCCCGCCCAACGUGAGUACAAUUUGAUGAAAAUCAAAUUGGAACAGCAGCCGACAGAGGUGCAGCAUGAAGAUUGAAAUACCCAUACCAGCAGCAGCAACAACAACAAUGUCUAUGUGGCUGAUGAACCUUGGAAAGGAUCUCUGUAAGAGAUGGAUAUGAAGAUGUGAAAAUUUUUAAAUGUUGUUUUUAAUAAUUUUUUUAUUUAAUUUUUAAAUUUAUUUUAUAAAAAGAAAAAACAAAUCAUAUGACUGCUAUUUAUAUACAUACAUAGGUACAUAAAUACAUAUAUAUACAUAGAAAUAAUAAAAAUAAAUAAUUAAUUAAAUAUAAAUAUUUUAAAAUACAAAAUACAAUAAAAUUGCUUAUAAGGCAGACACCAACACAUACGCAUACAUACAUAACUACCCAACGUUGUAGAUGUA